CACUCACAACAUUCUAUGUUGAAACUCGAUCAUACAGCUACAGGAAAGAGAGCUUCCCGUUCGGUCAAUGUGAGAAGUCGAGUCGAAGAAGCAAAUUCAAGAAUCCUAACUACCACAAUCUAUUUCAUUGGAUAGGCGCAUCACAUUAACAUGGAUCAAGACUCAACUACCCGUGACCGCGGGGUGGUUGGACUGAAGUCUGUCAAUUUUGAGUCCAAACAUCACUUAAAUCUGCUUGAAUCUCCCAAACUGGUAAUGGCUUCUGGAUCAAGGGCUAUCCAAAUGGUACAGCUGCAUAUCUGAAGUUCUAUCAGAUUAUCUAGUGUUUGUAAAAUAGAUUUGGCCAUUCUUUGCAAUUUUUAUAGAUAUCUAUCAGUUUUGGCAGAGAGGGCCAUACAAAUCUGAUAGUCGUCUGAAGUCCGCCAAAGUGAUAUCAAAUAGAAACAAAAACAGUCUAUAGAAUUGAGGCUAUUCAGUUUCUCUGAUCGGCGAUUCCCAAGCCUUUAAUUUCGAAUCCAUCGUUCUCUCUCACAUUUUUGUACCUCUCAUUCGCUAUAUUCUUUUUGCCCUUCAGACCAUAUGCAAACACUCUACGCGGUCACGCUCGCGUAUCUUGAGAAUUAAUUCCUUCUAUUUCCCUUCCAUCUUCAACAUUCUCUCUAACUAAAUUUUGUUCCUUGAAUUACCUAGUAAGUCGGCGUUGACUUCUGCAAAGCUAUUUGCAGUAAUUUCGAACUUACUCGCCAUCAUUCUCUUUCUGUAUACAAUUCCAAGUUGCUGCCUUGCAACCAUCCUCUCCCGCGAUUCUCACUGCGUUCUGCUGGCUGAUUCUGAGGUGGAAUGAUCUUAAAUCUCAUGGAACAUUCUUUUACUUUUGGACAACACUAGCAAGAUUCAUAUAAUUCAUCUUCACCAUGGCUUACCGGGCUACGAGAAAGCAGAGAGAAAACCUCACUUCAACGAACAAUCAAUCAUCCAGUCCUACUAGAACGAGAGUUUCGACAAGCCCUCACAGCACAACGAUCUCGCCCACUCCUCGUACAAUCAAACAAGAGCUCUCACGUAGACAUACGCCUCAUCAGACCUCUAAAGGCACCAGAGAAUACCACCUGUCUUCAAAUCCACAUCAUCAAAUUGACACUGAUCAGGGUCGCCGAGCUUCCCAUUAUAGCGAUUCCCAUCACCGAUACCUUUCCGCCUACCAAGAACCUGGCACCCGUGACACAACUCCAAGCCUCGAUGGUAUGAAAGGUCUUCAUUUGAUAGGUAUGAAUCCUCAAAUUUUGAUUGACUCUCUCAGUCAAUUGGGAAAUUACGACGUUGAGCAUGUUGUUGAUCUUCCAAAGAUUAUCGUCAUUGGAGAUCAAAGUGCUGGCAAAUCAUCCCUCAUUGGCCGAUUAUCAGAGAUGUCCCUACCUACGAACAGUGGCUGCUGUACAAGAUGUCCUGCCAACAUCAUAACUAAGCCAGCAGACACUUGGUCAUGCACAAUCUCACUUCGCCAAAAGUUCGGAUAUCGGAAACCAAAAAAUCCAAUCAAAGAUAAAGAGGCCACGAAGAAUAAUCCAUUCCCUCCUUGGUUCGAGCAAGAGCUUGUCACGAAAGAGUUCAUCAGGAUCACGGAGAAGUCAAAGCUAGAGAACGCGAUGAAAUGGGCUCAGAUUGCUCUUCUAAAUCACAACCAGGACUACGACCAGUUCAUCCCAGGAAAAGGAGGACAUUUUCUCAACAACAACACUACGACCGAGGCUGAAGUUACCCCGAAUGUUGUAAAAGUCGAGAUCUCUGGUCCAAAUCUCCCUACACUAUCUUUCUUCGACCUUCCCGGUAUCAUCGCUAAUACUCCCAAUGCUGAUCAAAGAUAUCUCAUCAAGGUCUUUGAAAACAUUGCCAAGAAAUACAUACGAACUCCCAAUACUCUGAUCAUCUUUGUUAUGACCAUGUCUGUAGAAGCAGUUUUAUCCAAGGCGAAAUCUCUCAUUGAAGAAGAACAUGCAACUGAUCGUUGCAUGGGCGUCUUAACGAAGCCGGAUACACUUGUGGAGAAGGAUGGGACUGGUGGUACCAGUGAUUGGGAGAAAAUUCUAAAUGAAGAAGAGCACCGUUUAGGCCAUGGAUGGCGCGUCACCCGACAGCCUGGACCGGACUUCCGAUCGAACGGUCUCGAUUAUCAUGUUCAAGCAUGUAAAAACGAGAAGUCUUUCUUCGAUAACAAUGCAUUGUGGCAAGGCACAUGGUCUAAAUACCAAGACAAAUGUGGGAUCCCAAGGAUACAAAGAUUGCUAUCUGAACUUCUUGCAGAAUCAAUCCGAAAAAGCCUACCGGAUAUCAAGAAAAAGGUUCAUAAGCGUAAAGCUGCCAUCAAAAGUGAGUUGGAUGGCCUGCCCGAAUUGCCCAAUCAAAAUGUGCAACUUCAUGUUUCCCGUCUUCUGCAUAAUUUCAGCCAGGAAGUCAAGAGAAUGAUGAAUAGCGAGCAGAAUACAUCUGACAUAACUUUUCAUGGAUCAUGGACGAAACUUUCUCGCCAGUUCCAUGAGCUGAUACUGCACAACAAGCCACGAAUCACCGUCUCAGACCCAUCAGAUGUACUGUUUUUUGAACAAAUCGAUCUAGAUAACGAUGAUGGCGAAGCUAAGCUCGUGCCUGUACCUCAUGGCAUUAGGAAACGAAGCUACGAUCAGAUGGCUAGUGAAGGGACGUCAAACACAUCCGAUGAACCUCCUUCUACUACUUCAGUACUUAAAUCUGAGACUCCAACUCGACAAAAUUCUCGACUAUUUGCUCACGCUCAUCAAAAACCUUUCAAGAACACCAUAUUUGAACAUCAUUCACAUUACGGCAGAGGCUUCACCACGAUCGGCGAAAUUCGCAGACAAAUAGAGAAUUACACCUAUAUGGGUCUGCCCGACAUGGUUAAUACACCGGUCUACAAACAUUUCUGUCAAAAUGCUGUUCGCAACUGGAAGGCGCCUGUUCAACAGCUGCUGCAUGGUGUUAUUGGUUUAUUACGCACUGAAAUUGAGAAAUGUGUGGACAGAAUCUUGGGUCCGUUCCGACAAACAGGUUUGUACAGGAAAUCGAUUGUACAUAUCCGAGAAUGGAUUGAGGAGUUAUUGAAACAGCAGUCAGAGGCACUCGAUGAAAUAUAUGAGCUUGAAACCUACAAUCCCUUUACCAUGAAUCAGGAAGAUAUACAGAAGAUAAAGCGAGCCGAGAAAGCCGAACUUCAAAAAGUUCGUCACAGAGUCCGUGCCAUUCGGUUUGUCGAAAAGGAGCUUCAUAUCAAACCCGCAAAAUUAAAGACAAAGGAGAUUGAAGGGGAAAAGGCGACUCUUCAGGAGACUAUGAGGCUUGUGGAUUUGGUCAAACCUGAGCAACUGGAUAAGGAUCCCUUUCAGAACGAAAUCGAUGUCGCAGCAUAUAUCAGAGGAUAUUACUUUGUGGCAGGAAAAAGAUUUAUAGAUAGUGUGUGUAUCAGUAUCAAUAACCGUCUCUUUCGUCAGGUUACAGAAAAGAUUGACAACCUCCUCGACUUCCGACUUGGUGUCAGUGACCCUAAUACUGGUGCUAAGACGUGUGGGGAGCUUAUGGAAGAGAACACAGAAGUUGGUGCAAAACGUCGAAAGCUCAAAACUGAGCUUGAGGAGCUCAAAGCCUUUGAGAUCGAAUUCGAGAAGCUUGUCCGGGAGCAAGUCCAAGCUCGUGUCGAAGACGAUAUAGAGUCAAGUGCAACCGCUGCGAUUGAUGAAGAACCUCGCCGUUCGGAGAGUAGGGAUUCCGAGCCAGCUGGAAUACGUUACCAAAGCCCAGUUUCCGACUUGUUACAACGCCGUAACAGGUAUAACAACACCAAUGAGAUGCGCGAAGCUGAGAAGAGAGGAGAGUAUUAUGUCAAUGAAAUGCCUGAUAUUUCUGAAGCUUGAGUGAUGCAGAGCCUCUGAUUUACUGAAUCACAUCACCAACUCGUCUUUGCUUUGCUGCAGCGACCUUCAUCUGGCUACCUUCCCCAAAAUAUCAUUUGCUUCCAUUUUUGGAUCCGGAUUACGAUCUGGCGCCGACCUACAAUGACCAAGUACGACUUUUUUCGAGAAUACUUCUUUCAUUUUUCUUUGGAGCAAUUAUUCUGUUCACUGUAGAUUCGAAAUUCCCUUUGCUCUUCUCAAACGCGCAAUCAGCCUCGAUCCGCAAUGCACCUUGCGAUCUCCAGAACUUGCAGUCCUCUCGGUAUGACGGACUCGAUCGCUGUACUGGUCUCAAUCGAAGCUCACGCACAUUUACCACCACACCUGUCAUUAUCAACUACCAAAAUUCGCUUCUUGCAAUACACACGUUUUCUAUUCCUCCUUUUGUAUCAGUUUGUUUGAACUUAUUUUUAACGAUGUUCCCGCGAAGAGUGAAGAAAGUGAGGACAGUGGGUAGAGAAAUUGCAGAAUUCCAUGUACUUGUUAUUAAAUGAUGGACGGAAGGAAUGGAGAUGGAGAUGGAGAUGAAGGACAAAUUGCAAAAAUGAAUGCACCUAUUCUGGAGGGAUCGAGGAGGUGAGUUGGAGGAAUGGAAUAUAAAUUGCGAGGUUAAAUGUAUCUCAUUUUACAUGUAUCUGUCUUUAAGAUUGGAAGAAUGAAAAAAGAUCAGAUACACGCGAGUUAGAGAGAUAUAAUGU